AUGUCGUCAUAUGUUGCGACGUCGUCAAGUGGAAAGGAAAGGACACAGCUUAGACCGCCGACGUCCGUAGAACUAUCCGAUGACCCGCCAAAGAGGAGGACAAAUAUGAUGUCUUCUGGUUUCAAACGAGCAUCCCGGCCGCCCUCUUUAAAUCGGUCACUUAUACCCCAUUCGGCACCUGCAAGCCGUCGUCAAUUCUCUCUCGACUCGUUCGACAGCUUUGGCCAGUCCCAUACCCCCAGAAGCACAGGAUCCACCCCUUCCUUUUCUAAUAUGCAACAUGACCUCAUCCGUGCCUUACCUACCAUGUCACGAUCGGAAUCGCUGCGGAUGUGGGAGGAAGGCCUUGUGCCUACAGACAGUUCUCAAUGUUCGCCUCAGGCUUCUAUGCCUGUGAACAGGCAUUAUGCGGGGAACUAUUCGUUGCCUUCUGUCAAUUCAGAGGGUAGGCUGGAGAUGAUUAUGGACGAUGAUGGGAUCGGCGUUAGUGAAGGAGGUAGGGUGGAUUGGAAUAAGCGGAGUUCGUCGAUGAGGUUGGAUGGGCAGUCGAGUUCGAAGUCUAUGAUUGCCGCACUUCAAGCAGAGAUGGAAGAGGGACGAAAACGGGAAAGUGUGGAUGGAUACUUGGUCAGGAUGUAUGAAAGUGGGUUGGAGUCGGAGAAGGAAGCAUUCAAGUUAGUCAAUGCGGGAGCGGUUCCGCUGUUGAUACAUCUACUGAGGACAAGGGCAGCGGACAAGUAUGGGGUUGAGUUGGUGUUGAUUAUGUUGGGUACACUUGCUCACAACACUAUAAGCUCCAACACCAUCUAUCGAACAGGUACCACCACGACCCUUAUUGAACUCUGUCGCUCUCCACCGACACUUGAAGUCCACACGCUCGCUAUAUGGUGUCUCGCUCGCAUCUGUAGAAGCGCAGAAGUGGCACAAUCACUCAUUAAACAGAAUCUCGCUGCAAUUCUUCUCAACAUGUGUAAAUCCAUGAGUGCUCCUUUUGCGGCUCAAGACGCGAACAAAAUGGUUAUCCCCAUGGCACUCUAUACCCUCGGAAACCUCAUUCAAUCCGACGGUAUAGCAGAAUUCAUGGCCUCAAUGGGUCUCAUUCCUCUCAUAGCCGACCGUCUCAGUCUUGCCACUGCAUCUCUAGACCCAGAACCCAACAUCGACGCUCUAUGUUCAAGUAUCUACGCCCUUGCUAGGAUAUCACGAUCUAUCAAACUAGCUAAAUCCCUAGCUCAAGCAGGGUGUGUAGAGCUUCUUUCUUACCACCUCAAAACCUCUACGGAUCCUAUCGUUCUUCAUUGGUCAGCUCGAGCUGUUGGGUGUUUAAUGAGACCUAACAGUAACGAUAUCGUGAAGAUCCUUUUAGAGGCUGGUGUCGCCAAGGGACUUGGGAGGUUGCCUACCGUUUUACCUCAGGAUCGUGAUUAUGAUGUGAUAGUGAAGCCUUUGGGGUCGUUUGGGUUCGUGAUACAGAGGUUUAGUUGUGCGGAGUGGGGAGGGGGGACGAGGAAGGCCUUGGUGGAGGCUGGUGUUGUGGAUUCGUUAUUGGCUGCAUUGAGGGUUGUAUGA